CGUGAUCGUAAAGCGCAGACAGCAUUAACUGCUCGCGACACAUACGUGCUUCAACAAUGAAAGUCUACGUUGUACUGCUCAGCCUUUGGCUAUCGGUGUUUGCAGAGAGACGGCUCAUUGUUGGGGAUAUGACCAAGUUCCAAGUGACCAUAACGACGGGCAGUAUAUCUCACGCGGGCACUCAUUCCAACGUGUUCCUCUCUAUGACGGGGGACGGAGGAGUGACCAAUGAAGCAAAUCUCAAUGCAGGAAACAAGCACCUGUACGGUCAAGGACAUGUGGACAAAGUUGAAAUAUUUGCGCCAUCUGUCGGCCACAUACGAAGCAUCCACAUCCGCCAUGACGCACACGGGCACAACCCCAGCUGGUACAUCGAACAGGUCACCAUAGAGGAUGGAGUUGGUGUCUACGAGUUCCCCUGUCACUGCUGGCUGUCCACGAAGCACGGAGACGGUACGUUGUCCACGACGGUGCAGCUGUAUAAAUACACCCCACUUCCUCAACAAGCCUGACUGACCACGCGGACAUUGCAGCCACCAUCCUCCACGUGUCUGUAUCAGCCAUAGUCUUUCAAAUCGACACCACAUUUUUCGUAAUAUGCUUCUGGUUUGGGGUCUAUUGUGAAGGACACUUUUAGAUCCGGGUUAGAAUUGGUCUUCAGCAACCCAACCCAUUCGUCAUCGUAUCCCAACCGGGUUGAUCGAUGCUCAUACUGUUGAUCACUGGAUGUUGAGGACCAAUUAAGAUUGUAUUCUUGUCGGGAACUGUUUUCAGUCCAGUGACGUUAUUAUAAUGUUUAUAUAUUAUCUAUUCCCAGACAGUAAAAAAACGAUUUAAGAAU